AUUGCCCACCAGGACAAAGAAACAGACUUGAGUCAGUCUUACAAUGAUCUCUGUCUCUCGGUUGCUGUCGCCUCAUUUCUACGCAAUUCAAAGGUUUAUCCGCGACAAAACCCGAUCCCAGUCACUCUAAGCUCCGUGAAAAUGUCUGCUUCUGCGGCGACUCAACGUGCGGGAGGAGUUUCACACGGGUCCAUGGCAAUAAAGCCUCCUUCACAUCCUACUUACGAUUUGAAAGCAGUUAUCAAACUAGCCCUAGCUGAAGAUGCUGGUGACACAGGAGAUGUAACGUGUAUGGCUACGAUACCGCUUGAUAUGGAAGUGGAAGCUUAUUUCUUGGCUAAGGAAGAUGGAAUUGUUGCUGGGAUUGCUCUCGCUGAGAUGAUUUUUGAACAAGUUGAUCCAUCAUUGAAGGUUGAAUGGAUGCGAAAGGAUGGAGAUUAUGUUCAUAAAGGAUUGAAAUUUGGAAAAGUAUCAGGGAAUGCACAUAAGAUUGUUGUUGCUGAAAGAGUUGUGCUCAACUUUAUGCAGAGGAUGAGCGGAAUUGCGACCCUUACCAAGUUAAUGGCAGAUGCUGCAUACCCUGCAAGGAUACUGGAGACGAGAAAAACUGCUCCUGGUUUGAGAUUGGUUGACAAAUGGGCGGUGCUGAUUGGUGGAGGAAGGAAUCAUAGGAUGGGAUUAUUUGACAUGGUGAUGAUAAAAGACAACCACAUCUCAGCUGCAGGAGGUAUAGUAAACGCCAUUAAAUCUGUGGACGAAUAUCUAAAGCAAAAGAAUCUCGAGAUGGAUGUGGAGGUGGAGACUCGGACGCUUGAGGAAGUGAAGGAAGUGUUAGAGUUUGUUAGUGGAUCCAAGACUCGGUUGACGAGAAUAAUGCUGGAUAAUAUGGUUGUACCGUUAGAGAAUGGAGACGUUGAUGUCACGAUGCUUAAAGAUGCGGUAGAGCUAAUCAACGGGAGAUUCGAGACAGAGGCUUCAGGAAAUGUUACGAUUGAGACAGUACACAAGAUCGGGCAGAGUGGAGUUACAUUCAUUAGCAGUGGAGCUCUGACGCAUUCGGUCAAAGCGUUGGACAUAUCUCUGAAGAUUGAUACAGAGUUGGCUCUUGAGGUCGGAAGAAGGACAAAACGAGCC